GAUGGGAUCAUUCCGAAGAUUUGUAUGUAAUGGAACAUAGUAGAAAAAAAUUAAUUAACAAAAGACAAAUAGUUGUCAAUAUUAACACAGCUGAUGAAGAAUUUGCAUAUUUAACAGGCCAUGUCGUUAAUGACAAAAAUUUAUUUCCGGCUACAGGAUAUCUUUUCCUUAUCUGGGAAAUGAUUGCAUCGUUGAGAAAACAAGACUUUAACAAUAUACCAAUAAUAUUUGAAGAUGUAAAUUUUAUUCGCGCUACAGCGCUGUCACAAAACAAUAACCUCAAAUUAAUUCUCUCUGUUCAAGAGGGUAGUAACAGGUUUGAAAUAAUCGAAGAAGAUAAUGCUAUUGUUACCGGAAUAGUACAAAUUCCAAAUGACAUUAAAAAUGAAAAAAUACCAGUCAAUCUUGUUGAUUUUGUCGAUGAUGAAGAAGAAAUGAGUACAAAAGACAUUUAUAAAGAAUUGAGGCUUCGUGGUUAUCAUUACACCGGUCUAUUUCAAGGAUUAAAAAGCGUAUCGGUUAUGGGAUCUAACGGUCAUAUUGCUUGGAUGUCUAAUUGGGUGGCAUUUAUGGAUAAUAUGUUACAAAUGAUGAUUUUAGGACAAAAUUCGAGAAGUCUCCUAAUUCCAACAAGAAUUCGUAAACUGAUAAUCGAUCCAUUAUAUCAUGUACAACUAAUUCAGGACCAUCUAAUUGAAAACAGACAAUUCUCUGUUCGUCACUAUAAAUCUUUAAAUGCCAUAAUAUCCGGAGGAAUAGAAAUUUGUGGCAUUGUGGCUACUCCUAUAUCUCGUCGAACAAAACUAGUUAAUACCGUUUUAGAAGAAUACAAGUUUGUUGCUCAUUGUGAUUUAGGAAUAAUGUCGUUACAAAAUGCAUUAAGAAUGUCGGUGCACAUUGCACUCGAAUGUUGCAAUACGAUUAAUGUUAAAAUUAUUGAAUUUGUUGAUGAUAAUGAUAAAAUAACACCAGAAAAUUUAAAUUCUCCACUUAUAAAUGAAAUCUUAAGCGAUUUACCUCAGAUUCGACAUCAUACCAGGCUAGUCACGAAUUAUGGUAGAUUCGAAAAUAUUCUUUUGCCAAACAACGUUUCUGCAACGGAAAUUACUAAGUUGUCUAGAGAGGAAAAUUGUUUGAUGGUUAUUGGUUUUGAUAUUUUGACAAAAAAUAGCAAGAAAUUAUAUCAACAAUUAUUGUCUCUGUUAAUGCCACAAGGUUUUCUGUUAAUUUUGGAGGAAUCUAGUGCAAUCUUUGAUUAUUCAUGCUUGAAAACAUACGGAUUAAAUGUCAUAUUAAUAAAACAAAUAAAUGAAAAGAUACUUUUAUUGCUAAGAAAAACACAAAAUAUUGAAAGAAAUCAAUAUCAGAUUGUAUAUGUAAACAAUUACAAAUUUACGUGGGUAGAUGAACUGAAAUCAAUCAUAAAUAUGCAAAACGAGACUAGUGUAGAUAUGAGGAUUUUAUUAAUCGCGGAAGGAGAGUUUGAAUGUGGACUACUAGGUCUUAUCAACUGUUUGCGAAAAGAACCAGGAGGCGAAAUGAUAAGAGGCAUAUUUAUUCAAGAUGAUAAAGCACCUACUUUUUCUUUGCAAGAACCAUUGUACUCGAAACAGCUACUAUUGGACUUACCUAUCAAUGUUAUACGUUCCGGUAACAUUUGGGGAUCCUACAGGCAUUUUCCAUUACCAUCAAUGGAACAAAAAUUUGUACCGAAUGCUUAUGUCACACAGAUGGUAAAAGGAGAUUUGAGUACUCUUUGUUGGGUACAGAACAGAAUACCUCUUGGCUUUAAGUGUGAAGAUUUUAUUAAUGUAGUUUAUGUGCCUCUUAAUUUUAAAGAUAUUAUAUUGGCUACUGGUAGAAUUUCCGCCGAAUCUAUUGGAUUUUCUGAACGCGAUUAUCAUUGUCUACUAGGCAUAGAAUUUGUUGGAUUUAACAUGCAUGGACAAAGAAUAAUGGGAAUGACUUCAUACGGAGGAAUGACGAAUGUUUGCAUAGCCGACAAAUAUCUCAGUUGGAUAAUACCUAAUAAAUGGACGAUGGAAGAUGCAGCAACGGUUCCCUGUGUGUACAGUACAUGUUAUUAUGCUUUGCAUAUAGAGGGAAAAAUAAAAAAAGGAGAUAAAAUAUUGAUCCAUUCUGGUACUGGAGGCAUUGGUCAAGCUGCGAUUCAUCUAGCACUUUACGAAGGUUGCAAAGUGUUUACGACAGUUGGAACUAUUGAGAAACGGCAGUUCAUAAGAGAAAUUUUUCCUUCCAUUCCUGAUGAUCAUAUCGGAAAUUCUCGAGAUACAAGCUUUGAACAAAUGAUUAUGCAGCGUACAGAAGGUCGUGGAGUGGAUAUUGUAUUAAAUUCCUUAGCCGAAGAAAAAUUGCAAGCAUCUGUUCGAUGCCUAGCAAAGGGUGGUCAUUUUUUGGAAAUUGGAAAAUUUGAUAUGGUUUCUAAUAAUUCUUUAGAUACAUGUAUUUUUUCUAAAAGUAUCAGUUUUCACGGUAUCUUAUUAGAUAAAAUAAAUUCGGCUAGCCUAGAACGAAAAAUAACAUUGUGGAAGAGAGUGGCCGAAGGUUUAGAAAAUGGUGCUAUUAAACCACUAUGUAGAAAAGUCUUUAAAAAAAAUGAAAUAGAAACUGCUUUUAGAUAUAUGGCCACUGGAAAACAUAUUGGCAAGGUAUGAUU